GUAAGUGUUUAUAAUGUCUGUCCGCAAAACACAUCCCCACAAAGUAAAAGAAAAAACACAAUCAAAACUUUUCUUUUUCUUUCCUCUUCUUCACUUCCUCUGAAAAAACCUUAGAUUCUCUUGUUCCUCUCUCAUGGAUUCAUUCUGUUUUUGUACAUUUAAUAUCUCAGUCAUCAUCAUCAUACUUCUCUUAUUAUCCCACCAAUCUGAGUCUCAAUCUACACAUCUUCUUGAUCUCAUGAUCAGAGAUUACACUAUUAGAAACUUUAAGCUAAGCCUCAACACUGGCGUCACUCAGAAAAUCCAUCUUCCUUCUAAUUUCUCCGGUAUAGACAUCGACACGGUUAAGUUAAGGUGCGGGAGUUUGAGAAGAUACGGUGCAAAACUAGGAGAGUUUCACAUCGGUUCAGGCGUGACGGUGGAGCCAUGCCCUGAGAGAGUCAUGCUAAUUAGACAAAACCUUGGUUCGAAUUGGUCUUCUAUCUACUCUACUGGUUAUAACUUAACCAGUGAAAAUUACCAGCUCGUGUCACCGGUUCUCGGUUUGUUAGCUUACAAUGCUAACCCUGACGGUGUGGCCACUAACCCUUACGAGGUUAACGUUGUGGGUACCGAACAAAACCCAAUCUUGGUCGAUUUCUUGAGCAACAAGUCAAGUAUUGUCCCUAUCCCUCAGAAGAACUCAUCAGUCUUGUGUGCGUGUUUCACAAGCAACGGUAACACAACGAUUAGCGAGCAAGUUUCGCCGUAUGUGUGUAAAGGGACAAGACAAGGGCAUUACGCUCUCGUGAUGAAAACAGAAGCUCCAAGAGAUGAUCAUAACAGUGGUGGUGGUGGAGUAGUAACGUCAUCGACGGAGGUGAAUGGUGGCAACGGAGGAGGAAAGCUGAGCCGGUGGAAAGUGGCGGUGGGGAGUGUGAUUGGGUCAGGGAUAGGGGCGAUUCUGCUGGGAAUGUUGGUGGUGGCUAUGUUGGUGAAAGUGAAGAAGAAAGCAAUGAGAGAAGAGAUGGAGAGAAGAGCUUAUGAAGAAGAAGCUCUUCAGGUUUCAAUGGUGGGUCAUGUUAGGGCUCCUACUGCUCCUGGAACUAGAACUCUUCCUAGAAUGGGCGAUGAUAGGUAUAAAAACACUCAUUUGAAUCAUAAUCAUCCAUAAUUAUUAUAAUUUGUUUACUUAUUACUCACUUUUGUGUGUGUUAAUCUUAACAUAAAUAUAAAUAUUUAUAUACAAAUAGUUUCAAUAGCUUCAAUACGCAAUUUCGUGUAUUUUUGUUUUUGUUUUGUUUAAACGACUACAAUCUUUUGUUUUCUUUUUUACCCUCCGCAAAAAAAAAGUAAAAUGGGGCAUUUUCUCUCUAAGUGAAAAAAAUGUAAUUUAUAUUUUAAAAGAACAAAAAUCAGAUAGUCUCUCCCAACUUUCAUAUUGUAAGCUUUUUUUUCUCUUCUUUUUCAUUUUGAUUCCUUAAUGAUUCUUCUUUUUUCCAAAUUUAUAUAUAAAUUUCUGAUUUGGUAAAGAAAAUAUAGGUUUAUAGUAAUUAUGAAAAGUAAAUAGAAUUAUCCACCUACACAUCUACAAGCAUCUUCUCCUUUACACAGUAAGCUAUUGUUAAAUGCCAAGUACGGAACUGUAAACAAAUCGCCACCUUCAUUGCAAGUUGCAAUCAAUAUUUAUUCCUAUUACUAAGAUUUGUUUUUUUUUUUUCUUUUUCAGUUUUAGUGUUUUACUUUAUUGAGAAAAAAUUACAA